UACGGAUGGGAAGAGGGUGAGGCCAAGGUGAAAAAAAGGGUAGUGUACAGGUCCAUGUAUCUAUAUAACGCAGCUUGUUCUUGUUCACUUUCCCCAAUUUUCUCUUGACGCAGAAAGAAAGAAAUCUCUUUGAUGGGUUUCCCAGUGGGGUACUCGGAGCUCCUGUUCCCGAAGCUUCUCCUUCACAUCCUCUCCCUCUUGGGCCUCCUCAGGAAGCUGAUUUGCAGCCUCCUCCGCUUCAUGGGCCUCCACGACUUCCUCGAGCCCGACAUUGCCGCCUGGCCCGAAACCCGAAUGCCCGAAGAAUUCGAGUCCGUGUCGGCCACGCUCAUCCGGGAAAUCCUGCCGGUGGUGAAGUUCCGGGAGCUGGUGGACCCCCCGGAGACGUGCGCGGUGUGUCUGAGCGAGUUCGAGGAAAACGAUGAGAUCAGACAGCUGGCGAAUUGUCGCCACAUAUUCCACCGAGGAUGUUUGGACCGUUGGAUGGGGUACGAUCAGAGAACAUGCCCUCUCUGCAGAAUGCCCUUUAUACCCGACGAAAUGCAAGGUGCUUUUAUUGAGAGACUCUGGGCUGCCUCUGGUAUCGCUGAAUAUCCGCAUGUUGCUCCUUUCUAGUAUCAUUCAUAUUUCCUUAUUUUACUUUUUUGGGGAAGGGAUAUCAAAAGCCAUAACCAGAAGAGGUUCUUUUGAUUUCGUGGUUUUUUUUUUGUGUAUGUGUAUAUAUACAGAGACCUCUAUCAAUUGUAUAUCGAUUUCUCUUAGAUGAUGGAUUUUUUUAGAAUUGGGAGAUCUGGUUCAUCUCAUAUUUUGACCUGUAUAACAUAAUUGGAAAUUAAUUAUGUUUUGAUUCA